UUGAUUGGGUUCGGUUUGUUUUUGUUUAUGAAUCAUUUCUUAGUUUAUAAACAAACCGAACAAACCUUAAUACGAAUUUUGUUGGAAAACUGUUUAAGCGUAACAUUUAAUCACCUAAUUACUCUUUCGGUUUUAUUUUGUAACUGUUUUACCCUGAAAAAGUGGCCGGAAAACCGAGCAGAUGGAGUGAAAAUUUUGUUUUUAACAUGUAGUAGCAACAACCGAAUUAUGUGUUAAAUCAAGAAAAAUAGAAUCUCAGACAACAUAAGGAACUGAAACAUCACAGAAGCUAAACAAAUUUUGAUAUAAAAAAUUUUAGUGGUGGUUACAUUAUUAUAUUGCAAACUUUUAAUUAUACAACUCACUGAUAUGUAUACCAAAGUAUUUUGAAAUAUUUUAGUAACUCAUUUGUUACCCAUUUACCAAAAGAAAAUUAUAUAUUUUUUUAAAUAAAUUAUUUAUUAUAAAAUUAUGACUGAUAAUCUAGUGAAUUACCAAGGAAGCAGGCUGCUUUCCGGCCUGAGUAGUUAUACCAGCCUAAAUGUGGACCAUUUAAAUUUUAUUGUGUCUCAAUUAGUUGCUUUGGGACUAGCUGGCCUUUAUAGAACUGUACUGGGUCCAACCAAAGUGAGCCCACAAGUUCGUCAUCUAUUUGGACUAUUUUUUGGAAUGUGGAUGGCAUUUUUUUGUUUCGGAUACCAGGCUUUACAUCUGGCCGUCUUGCCGGCUAUCUGUUAUUUGGUAAUUUUAACACAAAAUCCAUCAAUUCUUCAUGGGGCCGUAUUAUUUACGGCUCUGUUUUACUUGUCCAUGGUCCACCUGCAUAGACAAUUUUUUGAAGACACUUCCUAUGGUUUGGAUAUUAGCGGACCCCUAAUGGUUGUAACGCAAAAAGUGACUAGUUUGGCAUUUAGUCUACACGAUGGUUUAAUGAAAAAAGAAGAAGAUUUGACAGAAACACAGAAAUAUUAUGCUGUAAGGAAAAUGCCCAGCUUGUUGGAAUAUUUUAGUUACAGUCUAAUGUUUCCAACAUUGAUGGCCGGCCCAAUGAUAUUUUACAAGGACUACAUCGAAUUUAUCAACGGUCAUCCAUCAACGACUAACAACAUCAAAUCGACUUCCAAUCAAGUGGUGUUCCACGAGCCAAGCCCUUUGCGGGCAAUCUGCAAGAAAGUCAUCCUCGCUAUAAUAUGCGCCUUAAUAUUUGUCCUAUUUCUACCAAAGUUCCCAAUAUCUAGAGUGAAAGAACAGAACUUUAUCGAAAAUACAUCAUUUGGCUACAAGUUUUGGUACCUGACAGUAGUGACGUCUUUAGUCAGAGCUAAGUAUUAUUUCGCGUGGACUUUGGCCGAUGCAAUUUCUAACAAUGCCGGUUUGGGAUGGGACGGAGAGACUUGGAAUAAAUAUUCCAACGUAGACAUAUUCCAUUUUGAAUUUGGAACCAGUUUAAAGGAGAGCAUAGAUGCUUGGAAUAAGGGGACAAAUCGGUGGCUGAGAUUUAUUGUUUACAAACGAUUUACCACUUAUCCACUUGUUGCCACGUUUCUUUUAAGCGCCAUCUGGCACGGGUUUCACCCAGGAUAUUAUUUAACGUUUUUGAGUGGCGCCCUCUUUACGUUUUCCUCAAGAACGAUGCGGCGACAUCUCAGACCACACUUUUUAAAUUCCAAUGAAUCGAAACUCUUAUACGAUAUUCUGACGUUUGCGGUGACAAGAUUUGUCAUGGCCUAUGUGACUUUCACGUUCGUUUUGUUGGAAUUUUCUGCUAGCGUGACAGUUUAUAACAAAUUAUACUGGGUGUGGCAUAUUUUGGCUGUACUGGCGCUACUCUUGGCUCCCCGCGUCAUUUCCAAACCGAAUUUUAUUGAAGUGGGACAGAAAAACAGCAUUACGAUGGCGUUGAGCAAAGCCGGCCCUUAUUCUGAUGCCGUUGGCAAAAUUGACUGAUUUUAUUUUAGAGAUCUAUAUUUAUGUAAUAAUUAAUGAUAUGUUUUAGGCUAAUUUUUUCCCCCCUAAUGCGAAGCUUGUUAAAUUUUGGAGUACCUGUUGAUAUUUUAAAUAAACUCGCUUUUAGUUUGUUGCAAAAGUUAAUUAGUUUUAGACUAGUUUAUUAUUCUGGUUUUGAGCUUAUGUUAUGUUAUUUAAAAGUUAUUUGUCAAAUGAUAAAAAAAUGUUUUGCACCUUUUUGAUUAACAUAUUACUCAUAAAGACUCUUUUUUUACAAAUCUAUCUUCAAGAUAUACUUUGAAUGAUUGUUAUAAAAGAGGUGACUCUUAAACAUGCUACCGCAACUAUAAACAGAUGCUAAUAUAUAUUUUUUUAACGUAUAUUUUUUAAGAUGUUUACUAAUCAAGCAAAGCUCGAAAUAUACCAGGUUGUUAUGAAAUAAAGUUGCUUUAAUACAAA